GAGAAAUUCAUGGGCAUGGAACAGCCGUUGAGAGAGACAGAUGAGAUGACGGGCAGUACAACGCAAGGGGCAGCAGCGACUGACAAGUCCCCUUGCGAACCUCGACAUUUGGGUUUGAAACUGCGGAGAGCCAUUCAAUAUUCGUGGACGGGAGAAGGAAAGAAAGAAAGGCAUACACGAAGCUCAUCUCUCUUCUCCUUCUCCUCGCCCUCUGUCAAGAAAUGGCCACCUGAGGAAUCCCAACCGAAAGCCAUGCUGACAUUACAUGCCCAAAAAGCAGUCAGCGGGUGCUGGUUAAAUGGAGAUGCUAAAAUAUCGACACAAGCUGCAUUGUGCAACAUUGUGCAUGUUAAUUUCUUGAGCAGCAACGUAGUUGGUCAGAGUUCUUUGAGAAACCCUUGCAAUCAAAGGUUAUACACUUCUUUUGGGUCUUCUAUAUGGUGUAGCAGAGCAAAGACUAAGAUUCACUGUGUAUCAAAGAUCUCAAAUCAAGCUACUUUAAAGCAAUGGCUGUGUCGUCUGCAUAUCUGUGCUUCAUCAGAUGAUGAGUAUCGUUCAUCUCGGAAUAUAGCAACCAGCCUGUUUAGGCGGUACAGGAAUGUUAUUGAUCGUGGAGGCGGUGACAACCUCAAAGUAUAUUCUGAGUACAUCAGUGCUGCUGUAAAUGCAUAUGCCUUGGGUUGUACUGAUGAGGGCUUGAGAAAGGAACUGAUGGAUAUGAAGGAUUCUGGUAUUGAAAUAGAAUCAAUGGAAACUUAUGGUGGAAGCACCAGUUUGAAGUCUAAGAUUUUUUCUGAGGAGGUUAAUGAGUGCAUUCUGUGGCUAAGCAUUACUUUUAUCACCAUCUUGUGCACGCCACAACCAACUGUUGUUAGAUGGUCGUCUACGCCUCCAGUCUCGGAUGAAAUCAGGCUGCAGUGGAAUGGUUUUUGUGCUCUCAUUGCUAAUGCAUAUUAUAUUAAAGGAAUGGCGUGGCUUCCAGUGAAAACUCUACAGCUAGAACAAAUGGCUGUUGUGGGAAGUGCUGAGGAGCCAUCAGUUGUUGCUGGUCGAAUGCGAUUAGUUUUUAGCACACUAGAGGUAGUGAGUCCCCAAUGGCCAAGAGUUUAGGCCAGUGCAGUAACGUUGCCUUCCUCUCUGUCAAUAGAAUUAUAUUAUAAUGUGGCUUGAGUAUUAAAGUAGUGGGGACUUGUGUGGCCAAUGUAAGUAUUCCUGAUUGUCUUUAGUAUUGGAAAGAAGUAAAAAAGUCAUAUAGUCAAGUUUGUGAUA